UCUCAGGGUGACGGCAGGAAGGCGGGGCGAGCGCAUUCGAAACUCACCCGCAUGCGUUUCCCGCUGUUGUGUCACUUGACCGACGCCGCUUCCUCUCUCUCCUCGCGUUUCGAGUUCCAUUCGCGUUUGGCUUCCUUCUUCCCUUUAAAACUUAAACACUCACAAAUUUAAGAGUUAAUUAAAUUCGCAAAACUAGCAAACGAAAACCCUACCUCCUCUUCAAUUCUUCUGCUGCUCCCUCCUCCGCCAUGGAGACGGAGGAUCCCAAUCGCCUCCUCCGCCCGUCGCAAUUCCAGUUCCAACUCCUCCACUCGCACUCCCAGACUCAGAGCCAUAUGAGCUACCGGUACUCGCCUUUGCCUCCCUCCCAGUGUCUCCGCCCACAGUUAUUUCCCGCUCUCGCUCCUUCCCGCGGCUCCGACCGCCGCCGCCUCUCCGGCGACGCUUCUGCUUCUCUCGCCACCGUGGACGCCCGUUCCGCUUUGGCUAAGCUUUCGUUGAGACCAAAACAGGAAAUAGAUAAUGACACUCAGAUUGGUGGGCAAGAAGCUGCUGCUGGACCAAGCAAGGUAAUGAAGGGUAUUUUACCUCUACCACAGUCCUGCUCAGGUGCAAAGCAUAAUGGUAAACUAAAGGUUCCUAAGCAUACCAAAGUUGGGACUCAAAGAUCAACCGCGGACUUUUGUAAUGGUCUGGGUCCAGCUCAAGCUAUUGGUUGCCGUUUUGACAACUCUUUAGGCUUGUUAACCAAGAAAUUUAUCAAGCUAAUUUACGAGGCCAAGGAUAGAACCCUUGAUUUGAAUAGAACAGCAGAGGUGUUGGAGGUUCAAAAGAGGAGGAUAUAUGAUAUUACGAACGUUCUUGAAGGAAUAAAUUUGGUAGAGAAAACUUCAAAGAAUCACAUACGUUGGAAGGGAUAUGAUGGGCCGACACCAUGCGAGCUGGAUGAUCAUGUUUCUAGACUAAAGGAUGAAGUUGAAAGUCUAUAUGAGGAGGAAUGCAGGCUUGAUGAUGCUAUAACGGAAAAGCAAGAGCUUCUAAGGGCCCUGGAGCAAGAUGAAAAGUAUAAAAAGUACUUAUUUUUGACGGAGGAAGAUAUUUCAAGUCUUCAUUGCUUCCAGAAUCAAACACUUAUUGCAAUAAAAGCUCCUCAAGCUAGUUAUAUUGAAGUUGUUGAUCCUGAUGAGGAUAUUUCUUUUCAACAAAGGCAGUUUAGGAUGAUUGUCAAAAGCACGAUAGGACCUAUAGAUGUGUAUCUCUUGAGCAAAUACCAAUGUCAACUCGAGAGUAUUACUUUGAAGAAAGCAAAAUUAGCGGGUUCAUCUUCUUGCAAUCGUAGUGACUAUUGCAAUGCGGAAGAUGGAGGGAUGUCUUCAUGUCAUCAGGGCGAGAAAAAUACUUGUGAAACUCUCAGCGUACCAAGCUCAGAGGCAUCUUCUGGGAUUCAGAAGAUUAUUCCUUCACAUUUCGAUGCCAAUGAUGAUUAUUGGUUUAGAUCAGAACCUGAUGUUAGCCUUACAGAUCUAUGGGCGAAUUAGGCCCGGACCCAAAGCAAAAACCUCCUUCAAGACCGUUCUAAGAAGAGUAGCGCAGCGUUGGGCAAUGAACAUUGACCGUAGUGUAAAUGGAAUCAGGUGGUUGAUUGUUUUGCCAUACAAAGGUGUAGUAUAAUCUAUAGUUACUGCUGGAAAGUUUUGAUAAUGUGCGGCGAGGAUGCCAAUUAGAUGGCUGCCUGACCAUUUAGGCAGCCUAUAUGUGUCAUCUGAAGACUGAGGAAUGAUGAGUUUUAGUCGAACCAUAGCUUAUCAACUUUGUCGAGGGAUGGAUAAAACGAUAUGGCAGUUGUAGGGGUUUCGAUGAAGUUUUUCUAGAUCAAGUUUCCGCGUUCAGAGAUGCAGAUGAGGAUUGCUUUCUAUAGAUGAACGAAAGAAGUUGUUUGCAUUUUGGAGCUCCGGUUGCGUGAUAGUUGGGAAUCUUUGUUCGUUGGAGGGGAGGCUUAAACCUACGAUCUGGUGAAUGCAAAUAAUUUCGUAUGUGGUUUAAGCUUGUUUCGGUUACUUUAACAAGCGUUCGAAAUAAUUUCCGGUAGGGUCAUCGGAGUCAACAAUAAGCCGAGGAAGGCAAGGCCGAAGGGGAAGACAUCCUACUACCUGAUCAUAAACAUUAGACAUUGGAUAGAAGUUGCUAAAUUAAUUAGAAAUUUCCUUCUUUUUUUCCCAAUGAUUUUGCAGCAGUAUCUGAAUUAGCUUUAUGCAUAAUCAAGGUCAAUGAGAAAUACGUGCCUCGCAUGUCAUCAUUAGUGAAGAGCUAAUCUCGUCUAAUCUUUUGUUCAUUAAAAAAAAAA